UCGCGAUCAAAUGUUGUAGUCCACAGUAAGUCUGUCCCAUGAUGCGUUUGUCGAUGCGAGCAAAGCAGGAAGUACUCAGGGCGAAUCCUCUUGCACUUCACGGGUCGCUUCUCUCCGGUGGAUCGUCUUGUGUCUAGAAACGUUUUGUUUCCAAGUGUAUGUUUUAUUGUUCGAAGAGAUGUCAGAUAACGCAGCGAGGCGUCCCAAGGUUGGGGUGGGUGUACUAGUCACAGACUCGGCUCAUCCAGGCUGUGUUCUCCUCGGGAAAAGGAAAAGUGUGAUGGGAAAUGGGAAGUACCAACUUCCGGGCGGCCAUCUGGAGUUUGGGGAGACGUGGGAGGAGUGUGCCCAGAGGGAGGUGUUAGAGGAAGCUGGCCUGCAUUUGGUGAACAUCCGCUUUGCUUCCGUGGUGAAUUCCAUCAGACUGGAGGAGCAGUAUCACUACGUUGACAUUAUUAUGCAAGGAGAAUUGGACAAGGAGCGAUCCAAAGAACCCCAGAACUUGGAACCGGAGAAAAAUGAGGGAUGGACAUGGACGAGGUGGGAGCAGUUUCCUCCAGAAGAUCGGCUCUUUUUGCCCCUGGCGCAUCUGCGAGAGCAACGAUACCAUCCCUUCACCAGCACAAAAGCCGAAACUUUGAAGUAACUCAUGGUACAUUAGAAGUUUGACGUGAGAUCCUUUUUUUCAUCCCGACAGAUGCUGGCAUUUUUUUUAUCCCAUUUGACAUGAUGCUUUCACCAGGAGCAUGAGAAACAUUUAUUUUCUGCAAUUGCGCAAACAGGCGCACCAAAAAGCCUUCCAUUUUCUUAAAAGCUCACA